AUGACGGCAAGUAUCUGCACACAAUCUGAAUUUGGCCAGUUUCUGGGGAUAUCCGUGGGAACUGGACCGGGGAAGGUUGAGGAGAAUUAUGAGGCCAAGUCUAUGGCCAAAUGGGGCGUCUUUUGUCGGUUGAUGGGAGCCAAUUCGGUUCCUUUAGUGGAUGUGUUCGUGCAAGGAAGCGCCGACAUGGUUGAUUUUCACCUUUCCAUGGUUUUCAAAGCACUUAAUUGUGAAAGUAACUAUCUCAGGAUUCAGGAUGACACGUUGAGAUGGACAAUAUCGACAAUUGACACUUCUAUGAAGGAGAAUCUGAACAAACCUGUCAAUGUCGGCAAGGAAUUGUUGAAGAAGCCGGUUACAAAGGUGAACCUGGGGACUGGCAACUUGGAGCCUUCAAAGCUGGAGACUAAUGAACAGGCUCUGAGAAGGUACUAG